AUGGAUUAUUUGGGCAUAGUCGUGGCACUGGUUGUCGCCGCCUCGUCCAUUGCCAUCCACCUCCUCAGCAGGGCCAAGAAAAGACAGCCGGCCAACCUGCCCCCGGGCUCCCUCGGCCUGCCGGUGAUCGGCCAGAGCCUCGGCCUCCUCCGGGCCAUGCGCGGCGGCGACGGCGGCAGCCGGUGGAUACAGGACCGGAUCGACAAGUACGGGCCCGUGUCGAAGCUGUCGCUGUUCGGCACGCCGACGGUGCUCCUGGCCGGACCGGCGGCCAACAAGUUCCUCUUCUUCAGCAGCGCGCUCUCGACGCGGCAGCCCCGGUCCGUGCAGCGGAUCCUCGGGGAGAACAGCAUCCUGGGCCUCCACGGCGCCGACCACGGGCGCGUCCGCGGCGCUCUGCUCGAGUUCCUCAAGCCGGACAUGCUCAAGAUGUACGUGGGCAGGAUCGACGCCGAGGUGCGGCGGCACGUGGAGGAGAACUGGGCCGGCCGCGGGACCGUGACGGUGCUGCCGCUGAUGAAGCGGCUGACGUUCGACAUCAUCUCCGCGCUGCUCUUCGGGCUCGAGAGGGGCGCCGUGCGGGACGCGCUGGCCGGCGACUUCGCGCGCAUGGUCGAGGGCAUGUGGGCCGUCCCGGCGAACCUGCCGUUUACGGCGUUCAGCCGGAGCCUCAAGGCCAGCGGCAGAGCCCGGCGGGUGCUGGCGGGGAUCACGCGGGAGAAGAAGGCCAGGCGGUGCCAGCCGGAGCACCGCAAGGCGCCGUCGCGGAGCAACGACCUCAUAACCUGCCUGCUCGGCCUGACGGACGGCCAUGGCGAGCGGCUGCUGAGCGACGAGGAGAUCGUGGACAACGCCAUGGUCGCCCUCAUCGCCGGCCACGACACGUCGUCCAUCCUGAUGACGUUCAUGGUCCGCCACCUCGCCAACGAUGACGCCACCCUCGCCGCCAUGGUCCAAGAGCAUGAAGAGAUCGCCAAGAGCAAAGGCGACGGAGAGGCUCUCACAUGGGAAGAUCUGACGAGGAUGAAGUUCACAUGGCGAGUCGCCCAGGAGAUCCUCCGCAUCGUCCCUCCACUCUUCGGCAACUUCAGAAGAGCGCUGGAGGACGUGGAGUUCGACGGCUACCUCAUCCCAAAAGGAUGGCAGGUGUUCUGGACGUCGAACGUGACGCACAUGGACGCGAGCAUCUUCCACGAGCCGGCCAAGUUCGACCCGUCCAGGUUCGAGAACCAGGCAGCGCCGCCGUGCUCCUUCGUCGCCUUCGGGGCCGGCCCGAGGCUAUGCCCCGGGAUAGACUUCUCCCGGAUCGAGACGCUGGUGACGAUGCACCACCUGGUGAGGCAGUUCAGAUGGAAGCUCUGCUGCAAGGAGAACACCUUCGUGAGGGACCCCAUGCCGUCGCCGCUGCGUGGCCUGCCCAUCCAAAUCCAGCACAGGACCUCCCCUCCUCCACCGUGA